AUACAGGAAAGACAUUUUAUAUAGAGAAGUUUCACAUAACAACUGAUUGUCAGUGGCGUAGCGUUUGCCUUGUUGAAUUUUCAGCAAAUACGUGGCCCAUUAAUUAUUACUUACCAAAAUAAUGAUCAACUCGAGUUAUAAAAUAGAUACAGAAACUUUAAUAUGCACCAUAGAGAAAAACAGGUGCAUAUGGGACGUAUCAUGUGAAGAAUACAAAAAUAGGGAGAUUAAAAACAAAGCAUACAGGGAUGUUGCAGCAGUGGUGAUAAAGAACUUUUUAGGCUUAAGUGAAAGUGAGAAAAGUGAAGCUGUCCAGUUAAUACAAAAGCGGUGGAAAACUGCAAGAGAUGCAUAUGUGAGAGACCGAACAAAACUGAAGAAAUCCAAAAGUGAUGAUGCUGCCAAAAGUAUUAAGAAAUACCUAUACUUUGACAUUUUGAGGUUUUUGGAUUCAACCAUGGAUUUGAAUAGAAGUGAAUCCACUUGUGAGGUAAAGUCUGAAAACUGUGCAGAAGAUUUUCUCGAAACGGUUUUGUCUCAACCCGAAAAUGAUGAAGAAAUAAAAACAGAAAGUAAUGGACAAUUAGUUGAUAAUUUUACUCAACAAAAACGGAAGAAGGUGGAAACUGUGGAUGAUGAACUUGUUCGCUUUCUCAAGAAGAGUGAGGAUGGCGACCGAGAUCAUCAUGAAGCUUUUAUGGUAUCACUCUUGCCAACCUUAAGAACAUUCAGUGAAACGCAAACACUUAUGUUUCGAUCGGAAGUAUUAAGGAUUGUGAUGGAACUAAAAAAUAUUACACCUCGUCCUUAUUUUCCGAGUGCUUACGUAAGUAACUCGGAGUCGCCAUCGACAUCUCGUUCUAAUCUACUUUCACCGAACUCAAUUAAGUAACUUAAGCUCUAGCUAUACUUGAAUCCACCAUCUGUAUCUUCUGCAAAUAAUGCAACGUUUCUACAAAGUUGUGGAUUCAUUUAAACCAUAACAAGAAUAUUAUAUCAUUUUUAAAAUAAAAUAAAUUUUGUUUA